UAGAAUUGAACAGAAAUUUAAUUAGCACAAUUAAUCAAACCAGUGGUCAUUAAAUUAGCACAAAUAUGAUCAGCUGAGAAAAAGAAACUCUCUUGUUGAAGGAAGUUGAUUGAAGAAAAGCAAUAGACUCUAACUGUUGAAUUACCUUUGAACUGUGGACGAAUUAAAAAUGACAAUGAGACUUAUAAAUCCUCUGGAUUUAUGAGAUAGGACCCACUGGAACACUGGAACCCGCUGACCAGUCAAGGAUUAUCCAAUUGGCAAUUAAACACAAUCAACUGAUAAUCUUUAAUAACAUUGGAAUUCAAUUCAAUGUCUCUGAUCAUCAUUCCAAUUAAAAUAACAAUUGUAACGAUGAUGAAAUUAAUUCUGAUAUUUUCAUCAAUCAGUUAAAACGAUUCAGGUAAUUCAGGGUAAUCAUGAAGCUCGUUGGGUCGCUUUCAUGUCAUUUUUUCUCGCUUCGUUCUUGAUGGAUUUGAGUUUAUUUGUUUCUUUCAUUGAUCCACCCGAUGAACCUUUUCAUAUUUGGUACGUAGCAAUUACCGGGAUAAUCACUGGAUCAAUUGUUCUGCCAAAUAUAAUUGCUAGAGCUCGACUUUCACGUAAGAUUGAUAAUCUACACAAAAUACUUCAUCAGGUAUUACGUUAUUGCUGUUUAAUCACUCGACUUAAAAUUGAGGCCUUACAUCUUAUGGAUUUGAUGCUCGCUAAAUCAAUUGGUUUUUAUGUUGGAGAUUCAUUUAGACUUGAUAUGUGGCACUUACUUUUGGUAAGUUUAAUCAUUUUAAUUAGCCCUAAAUUGUCAACAAUUAACAUCCAAAUUAUUUACAACCAGUAUUUUGCUGAAAAUGCAUCAAUAUUGCUCUUAAUGGUGGCCAAUAUGAGACGAUAAUUAACUUGGAAUCAAUGAAAAUCAACCUAAUAAUUUAAAGUACUAAUUGAUCCCCAUGAUAAGUGAUAAUCUAAUUGUUAUUGAUUUGCUUUGAUUACAAUAUAAACUGUUAUCCUCUUCUCAUUGUAUGUUCACAAUUUAAUCAACAAUUUGUUAUCAUUAAGAUCUCUUUCCAAAUAUAAUUGAAUUGAAUUGUUAUCACAACUCAA